UCAGCUGGGCCUCGAUGAGUUCCCAGUAGAGAAGAGAUGGAAGGGAAUCUAUGACCAGUUCCUGGAGUUCAUCCACUCAGGCUGCAAAGAAGAAACGGAAGAGUCUUUCACAGGGUUCCACAUACAAACGAGCAAGGAGCUGCGGAAAUCUCAGGAGUACCUCUUCUGCCAAAGGGGGACUGAGGAUGUAUCCUGGAAGAUAGAAGAUAUUCUUGAAGAGCUUGUCCACCACCAGGGACUGGAGUCACUACAGAGUUAUUUAGAGAAGGCAUUGAAGUCUUCCCUGCACCCACUGGGAAAGCUGCUGAAGGCCUUGACGAUAGCUUUUCAGGCAACAUAUUCUGGGAUUGGAGCCAACAGACACUUGCUGACUAUGGCACAAGAGGAAGUCAAGUACUAUGCAAAGAAAAUAUGGGAGUUUUACCAGGGUUUGCUCCAUCUGGCACUGGAACAGAAGAGCCAACUGCCUGCAAAGUGUGUGGAUGGAGAUACAAGUGACCAGAAGGCAUGCAGUGUGGUCCUGCCACUGAUCUUGCCCUGCUUCUACCCUGAACUUUUCAUGCUCUACAUGCUCUAUCAUGAAAGAGAGGAUGACCUCUACUGCCAAGGGAUCGUGGACCUAAGUUUAUUUCCUGACAUCAAGCUGCUGGAGUUUCUGGAUGUGCAAAAACACCUCUGGCCUCUGAAAGAUCUCACCCUGACAACCAACCAGAGGCGGUCCCUUAUCAAAGACAAGUGUUUCCUGUCAGCCACGGAGUGCUUGCAGAAGCUGAUCACCACGGUGGAUCCCCGAGAAAAGCUGGUGAUCCUCCAGAAGACGUAUGAGGAGAUAGAGAGCACCGUGUCCCGGGUGGUGGAGAAGGACUACAAGCUCCCCAUGGAUGACCUGUUGCCCCUGUUGAUGUAUGUUGUGUCCCGAGCAAAAAUACAACACCUGGGAGCUGAAAUCCAUCUCAUCAGAGACUUGAUGGACCCCACGAACCAAGGAGGACUCUAUGACUUUCUGUUAACAGCACUGGAGUCAUGCUACGAACACAUACAGAGGAUGAGACUCAAUCAAAGAGAGACCUGCCAUGUGCCUCACAGCUCCUGA